AUCCAGCAUCACUCAGCCCUUGUCUGGAAAGCACAGCCGGGAAGGGGUACAACACUGGGGCGUGGAGAGGAGGAAAACGUGGAGAGGUGGAAAUGAGAGAAUGAGGACCCUGGCCUCUUUCCUCAUGGGGUUGGGAGCAUCCUGCACCACAACUGGCAGUGCCCCCACUUUCCUUAUCCCUUCUGUCUGAAUGGAAAUGGCUUUACCCCAUCUCUGCCCACCUCCCAGGACCAGUGAGCAUCUGCAAGCCUGGCACGGGACAAUGGGCAGCACCAGCACCCACCAAGAGCCCAAAGGAGCUGCUGGGCUACUUCCCGUCCUUCUCUCUUCUCCAUCUCCUCCACCCUCGGUGCCAGGACAGCCCCAGGGCACAGGGCCAGGCUGCUCCCAGCCCAGCGCUCCCCCCGUGCCCUUGCCCCCAGGACGGCGCGGUGCUGGCGCAGUGGUGUCGCAACGUGCCGGGAACGAUCACGAUAACACGAGCGGUUGCCCUGGUGCCGGGCUUUCUGUUGCAGUGCUUUGCUGAAGAGAGUGGGCGUGCGGCUUCCUCUGGGCCGAUCUGAUUUCUCCAGGAGCGUGGUUUAAGGCACACUCGGGAGAAAUCACCCUCCGUGGAGCAGGGGCACAACACCUCAGUGCCUGGGGACACGAAGACCUCUUCUCUUUGCGGGGGUGAGAAAACCCACUGGCUUAUUGAUUUUCUGGGGAAACAUCAGCCGGCAGCGAAGAGCAAAGGGAGCAACUUUUGGGGUCUAUGGGGUCCCCGUGGGGCGGCAGGGAGGGGGCAUCCACGUGAGCCUCCAUCCUCGCCCCAACGGAGAGACCAGGCAGGAGCCAGGGAGCCUGACGGACCCGGCCCAAAGGCCAGCAGCGCGAGCACAGCAGGCAGAAGCGGCCGCCUGGCCCCAUGUCGUGGGACGCGGGGCAGCACGGGGCCCCCGGGCUCCCCGGGGGCACACUGCGGAAAUCAGCGUCGAUGUACACGGAAAUACAGCGGGAGCACUCUGACAGCGGGAGCAUCCUGGCUCACCCGGACUACAUAGAUGGGAACCCAGACCUGAUCAAACCUAAAAAGCUUCUCAACCCCGUCAAAGCCUCCAAGAGCCACCAGGAGCUGCACCGAGAGCUGCUGAUGAACCACAAGAGAGGCUUGAGUGUGGACAGCAAGCCGGAGUUGCAGCGGGUGCUUGAGCACCGACGGCGAAACCAGGUCCUCAGGCAGAAGAAGGAAGAGGAAGAGGCCAAGAAGUUGCAGUCUCCCUUUGAAAAAGAGCUACUGAAGAGGCACCAGCGGCUGGAUCAGCUGGAGAAAGAGCAGGAGAAGCAGGAAGACCAUGCACCAGAAUUCAUUAAAGUCAAAGAAAAUCUGAGAAGAACAUCAACGGUGACUGGGGAAGAGAAAGCAGCGUAGCUUCUGCCAAAACCCAGCGGGGAUCCCACCAAGGCUGAUAUCUCUGUACAUGGUGGACACUCACAGCCACAUCUUUGGGGCUACUCAUGUCAUUAACACUUGCUCCAGUAGAAGGCACAAAAAAGGUUUUCCCAUCCCAGGAAGGUCUCAUGAUGGAAAAGGUGAAGUAUUCACUGAAGAGGUCCUCACAUGAGGUGGUGCAGAGAGAAGUGAUGUCCCUUUCCUCCCCAGUUGUGGGAGCACGCUAACCUCCAGCUAACUCUUGGUUAACCCUCAAGACGUGGCCAAGGUGUGAGCCAGGGCAGUCUGUGGAGGGACAGGCAUUGCCAGGGGUUGGGAGACCCACGUCCCCUGGAGGUGGGCUCACCAAGCAGGGCAGCAGGAGGGUGGCUGCAGCUCUGGGAACCUCCUGGCAACCCAGCAUGGUGACUAAAGGGACAAUCUGCAUAUCACUGGGAACAGCCCAAGGGUUACUGGCACUGCAGCACCACACAAGACAAGCAGUGCCAUCACAUUACGAGAAAAAUCAACUCCUGAGUGCCCACACCAACUCAGCACUGCAAGGCCAGGUGCCACUUGUUCUUCACGAGCAUCUCUAAGCUGCAUUUCAAACCUGCUUGUAAAUAGCUAUUGAGCUGUUUGCCUUGUUCCAUGCUUAGGCAGAAAAUGCACAGGACUUCCCAUGAAAGCCCCAGGUGAGAGGCAAAUGCUCGGUGCAGAAAUCUGGGGGCUCAGCAUGGGUAUGAGUGGAAGCGUGCAGUGAGCAGGCAGCAAGGUCCUGUGGAUCUGGCAGAGAGGAGCAGAGAUGAACUGCUUCGUGUCUCCCUGCUGAGCCUCAGCUCCUCACUCUGGACAUGUGCCACCACAGCAGCCGGCAAAACCUGUCCUGUGAUGCCAUGCUGGUGUCAGGAGGCUGGCAGGGGUCACAGCUGGCACCAGCACGUGCUAGGGGGCUAUGGGGCAUGCAGGUACUGCUGCAAAGCUGCUUCUCAGUGCUUCUCACCCCUUCUUCCAGAGGACAGUGCUGCCUCACUCCAGCUGCCAUGUCAGAAGGGUAAACAUCUUCUUGCUGCUGGCAGAGCAAAGCUGAGGUAGAUGGUGCCUUUGCACCAUAUAUGGAUGGAGCACACCACAUUUAUGGGGCACUCGUGCCCUGAGAUGUUCACAUCUAGAGCUAAAAUCACUCCUUCACAUAGAUCCCAGCUUCUCACAUAGUCCUGCUACAUACAACGCCUCUACAGCAAAACUCACUGUCUGUCUUCAAACACUGGUUCUUAAAUGGCAAGAAAUAAUGGGCAUGGUCAGCUGGGAAGGUGAUACCUGGUUAAACAGUGUCCACCACUCACACGUUCAGUGGAUCCAUAAGUGAAUUAAGGGAAAGGAAGUGUUUAUCACAUCUUUAUCAAGAAGCUACCAAUCCGUUCUCCAGUCCCUCCGGCACAGCAGGGUGUUUCACUUCAGAGGAUUCUGCUCAGCCUGGCGGCUUAAGUAAGCAUCUGAGCCACGUCACAAGUCAAGAGCAGCAGUACAGGUAUGGGGCCUCUGCACAGCAUUGGAUCACAAAACCCCUGGCCUGGUCUCAGCCCUUGAGAGCCCCGUCUCGCAGCACUGUCCCUGUGGCAGCUUUUAGCCUCUUGUCCAUCAUGCUUAUUCUAAAGAGGUUGUUGUUUCAGAAACCCAGUGCAUAUGGUUCCUAUGGGUCAAACACGAUCUGACAGGAUUUGUUAGGUCUUUUCCCACUGUGAAGCUUUUCAUAUAGCCUGUAAUUAAAACCAAGAGGGAGAAGCAGCACUGAGCACUUAUUCAGGAGGAAAAAAAAGCCAAAUUUCUCUAAGAGAAAAAUAUCUUGCUAAAGAUGUUUGUACAGAGCUGUACAGAAUGCUUUAUAAUACUCCAUCGAUAGCAUCAGUUUCAAUAACAAAUCAGAACAUACUGAGCUGUGUUUUUGUGAGCAGUCAUGGCACAGAUCAAGUAACCUUGAUCAAAGAGCUCCAAAAAAUUAAGCAAAUUAUUUUGUAAUUUUGCCACAGAUGGAAAUGCGCUCCAGAAGAGACAAUCUGUCACUCCAUAUGCACCGGUGAAAUCAGCGCUAUCGGUGCUCCCUGCCUGGGACAGGGGCACUUACACACGUCCUUGGGUGGGAAGCUGAGUGCUCAGUGCAGGAGGAGAACAUUUUGCUGUGGUCUUCUUGAAUAUUCGGUAUUAUCUGAAAAAAAUCAAGGCGUCUUCCUUUCACCUUUUCUGGUGUCCACCAAGCAUGGAGAGGGGCUGCAGUCUGGGAUAGCUGAGUGGCAUCAGGUGUCCAGAAGGGAAAGGGGCGGCCAAAUAGCACUGUCCUAGCUCAGGCUGUGCUAAUAGUGCCCAAAGAAAUCAUUCCAGCUGCAGAGAGACAACAGAGUCCAAAACAGGCAGAGAAGGCAGGAUCCAACACUGCAGGACUCCAACAACCCCAGCGGACAUUCCCAGCAAGAGGUUUUGGGAUAUCUCUGUGCAUCCUUUCCUUUUAAACAAAUUCUUGAAUUUGGGGCCUAAGUCCCUGUGUCCCUAGAACACGCUCCUAAAUAAACGUGGUGUAUCCAGAAGAUGCAGAUGAGCAGAAUACUGACAGAAGAGAAUUUUUUGCACUGUGUAUGUUACCUAUGUGGUGUAUAGUUUCUACUGUGUUGGUGUUCAUACGUGUGUAUAAAUGCAUGUUGUGCAAUACUACAUUAACUGUCAUGCUCACACUGCUUAACGCAGACAGUUCUGAAGAAACAAAACAUCAACCCACCCCCUAUGCCCACAGCCACAUCCCCCAGAGCCACAUCCACAUCUUUCCUGAUCACCCCCUGAGACGAUGAGCCCACUGCUCCCCGGGCAGCCUGUGCCAAUGCCUUGCCACUCUUCUGGAGAAGAAAUUGCUCCUAACAUCCCACCUGAGCCUCCCCAGGCACAACUUAAGGCCAUCACCUCUCAUCUUAUCGCUGUUACCUUGGCCUUAUCGCUAGUUGGUAUCAGAGGCAGCUCACGGCAGGACACUACAGCAUGCUGAGCUCUGUGCUAACCCUGAACAAAGAACAGCAGGGCU